CCCUGCUGAUCCUGCCCGGGGCUUUUACCGCUUCAUUGGAAGUCUUCCUCGCCGCUCCGCAUUUUGUUUGCUGGUUCGUUUCGGUGGCUGCUUUUCGCCCUGUUCAUUUCUGACUCCUCUCCUGGGUUGCAGCCUUUUGGGGGGCACAUGGCAUGUCUGAUGGCAGCUUUCUCAGUGGGCGCCGCUUUGAAUGCCAGCCAUUCCGCACCCGCUAUGCCUGAGCCAAAGUCGGUAUGUGUCUCAGUGGAUGAGGUGGUCUCUAGUGGCACAGACACACAAGAUGUCCAUUUGCUCAGCGGCCACCUGAAAAAGCUGGACAAUACUUUGACGGAAGCCCAUCGCUUUUCCUACCUUCCUCGGAGACCAGCCGUGAACAUUGAGUUUAAAGAACUCUCCUAUUCUAUCCAGGAAGGACCAUGGUGGAAGAGGAAGGGUUUCAAGACUCUGUUGAAAGGAAUUUCAGGAAAGUUCAGCAGUGGAGAACUUGUGGCAAUUAUGGGUCCUUCUGGAGCUGGAAAAUCAACACUCAUGAACCUUCUGGCAGGAUACAGAGAGACCGGGAUGAAAGGAGAGAUUCUCAUAAAUGGACAGCCCCGUGAUCUGCGCUCUUUCCGCAAAGUGUCCUGUUACAUCAUGCAGGAUGAUAUGCUGCUUCCACAUCUUACAGUUCAAGAAGCCAUGAUGGUGUCAGCACACCUGAAACUUCAAGAAAAAGAUGAAGGCAGAAGGGAAAUGGUAAAGGAGAUCUUGACAGCUCUGGGGUUGAUGUCAUGUGCCAAUACGAGAACUGGAAGUCUUUCAGGAGGCCAGAGAAAACGUCUAGCCAUUGCUUUGGAGCUGGUGAACAACCCACCAGUUAUGUUUUUUGAUGAGCCUACCAGUGGCCUGGACAGUGCAUCUUGCUUUCAGGUCGUAUCACUGAUGAAGGCUUUAGCGCAAGGUGGCCGGUCCAUCAUUUGCACCAUACAUCAGCCCAGUGCCAAACUCUUUGAGCUCUUUGAUCAGCUCUAUGUCUUGAGCCAAGGGCAGUGCAUUUAUCGUGGAAAAGUGUUAAACCUAGUUCCCUACUUGAGAGAUUUGGGUUUAAAUUGUCCAACAUACCACAAUCCAGCAGAUUUUGUGAUGGAGGUAGCCUCUGGCGAGUAUGGAGAUCAGAACAGUCGGCUAGUAAGAGCAGUCCAAGAGGGAAGGUGUGAUGCCGAUUACAAGAGAGACUCCGGGCCAGAAAAUGAACUUAAUCCAUUUCUAUGGCACAGACCAUCAGAGGAGGAUUCUUCAUCCACUGAAGGCUGCCAUAGCUUCUCAGCCAGCUGCCUUACUCAGUUUUGCAUUCUUUUUAAAAGAACUUUUCUCACAAUAAUGAGGGAUUCGGUUUUGACACAUUUACGGAUCACAUCUCACAUUGGGAUUGGACUUCUCAUUGGGUUGCUGUAUCUGGGGAUAGGAAAUGAAGCAAAGAAGGUCUUGAGCAACUCCGGCUUCCUCUUCUUUUCCAUGCUGUUUCUUAUGUUUGCUGCUCUCAUGCCCACAGUCCUUACCUUUCCCCUGGAGAUGGGUGUAUUUCUUAGAGAGCAUCUGAAUUACUGGUACAGUUUGAAAGCUUACUACUUAGCUAAAACAAUGGCUGAUGUCCCCUUUCAGAUUAUGUUCCCUGUAGCUUAUUGUAGCAUUGUCUAUUGGAUGACAGCACAGCCCUCAGACGCACUUCGGUUUGUCUUGUUUUCUGCUCUGGGGACAAUGACCUCGCUCGUGGCUCAGUCUUUAGGGCUUCUAAUUGGGGCAGCAUCCACCUCACUACAGGUGGCAACAUUUGUGGGUCCUGUCACCGCCAUUCCAGUUCUCCUCUUCUCAGGAUUCUUUGUCAGCUUUGAUACUAUCCCAACAUACCUUCAAUGGAUGUCUUACAUUUCUUAUGUCAGAUACGGAUUUGAGGGUGUCAUUCUUUCCAUCUAUGGUUUGGAUCGAGAGGAUCUCCACUGCGACAAAGAAGAUACUUGCCAUUUCCAAAAAUCAGAAGCUAUCCUCAAGGAACUGGAUGUAGAAAAUGCUAAACUUUACUUGGAUUUCAUCGUGCUUGGGAUUUUCUUCAUCUCCUUACGCCUCAUUGCCUACUUUGUCCUCAGAUACAAAAUCCGAGCAGAGAGGUAGAGGGAAAACAAAAGCAGCAACAUGAAGCUGUAGACUCUUCUUAUUUGUCUGGUUGUGGCAGACAAGUCUCCAGUGCCCAGAUGCAAAUGAUAUUGUGAUCUAGUCCCUAGGAAACAUGUCAUGUUGGAUUAGUGAGUGCAUAGCUGCUGUAAUAAGUCCAGCGGGGGUAGAUCAUACUCCUUUCAAAUUUUCUAGCUUUGUCUAGGAAGGAGAAACAAAAGGGAGUUUUGUGUCACACUUGAAAAAAUAUUGCUGUGGAUCCCAGGAACUUUAUCUUAUGGGAAAUAUUUCUCCUAAAGUUGCUGUGCUGCUAGCAAAAAGAUAUAAGCUGGCUGGAGAUUUCUCAUCUGUGUUCCAUCAGCUACCAAGUGGAAAUGUGAGGACCUCUCUUCCUAUUGUAUCUAGACUUCAUCUUCACACAUUUUCUGCAUUUUUAAGCAAAUUUUCCAACCACAAGAAAUCCUCUAUGAAAGCAGAAGUCUAGAAAUUCUUCAGCCCUUCAGCUUAUCUCUUUAAAAAUGAAUUAAUACAUUUUUAAAAGACGUAAGUUAUUUGUUAUUCUCCUUUGCAAACAGAGUCUGGAGUUUACUCUUAGGAGCUGGUCUCAUUUUCCUUCCAAACUGGUAUGUUAGAAUAAAAUGUCAAACUUCAUGUGCAUUUCAUGUGAAUAUUGUAAAAGAAUUAUAGAAGGAGUAUUAGACAUAUAAGAUUGUUCAUUUUAGAAUUCUGAUUUUGUGGUAUCCUUUUCAUCCUGUUUUUGAGUGGAAUUUGAAACAUUAUUGUCUAUGUUAUCUACCUCCCAUGAAUGCAGAAGCCAGGAAUUCCAGCAGUGGUAAUUUGAAGCCAGCAAAGCAAACAGAUUUGAAAACUCAUAUGAACGUUUAAACAUUUAAAAUGAGGUUUAUAAUGACAGAACAACCACUAUUUCUAUGUCAUUCAAUGCUUACGGAAAUGGCAAAUGUCUCUGCCAUCCAUAUGUAGCUCUCCCAGUUUUUACAAGGUCAGUAUGCAUAAAGUCCAUCAGUUCUGGUUUCCACUGUCCUAACAUCCUUUAAAAAUGUUAAUGCAUGCAUUCACCACAAUUCAGUGCAAAGCUAAGUAACCUCUUGAACCAAAGGCGAUUAAGGCAACCACAUUCUGUCCUGGUGUGUAAACAUUUGGUCAACUGGAUUUUUUAUCACUUGUUUAAUAUUUUUGUUUUCUCUUCAAGUCAUGUUCAACUUGCAAAACUGUUGCUGAAUGAUUGGGACUGUACCCUAAUUUCAACAGAUCCAAAAUACUUCUGUACAUAAAUGUGUUUUUGCAAUGGUGGCUUUGCACAGGAUUCAAAGCUGUUUAUCUGAAAAGCUAAUGUUGUAGAAAGAUAUGCAACUGUCUAGUAUGCUUGGAGGAGAUACACAUGUCAUGUCUGGCUUGGGCCAAUGCAUGUAGUCUGGAACAGUGCAUGAUAUUUGGUUGAAUCCUUGUGAUUGAACUAAUUCAGACUUGAAGCAGUUUGGUUUCAGCUACUUGUUCAGAAAUUACAUAAAUCAGCUAAUGCAAAUGAAUUAGACAAUGUGGCAAAUGCUUAGAUAUCCUUUGCACAAUCCAGUAAGAGGCACUGUUGAACAAUCUGUUCUAACCAUUCCUGAGAUUUAUCUCUGUUAAUCUCAAACUCCUUACAUGAAGCUGUAGGGUUUCCUCUGCCCCGAAAAGCUUCUGAAAUUGAAGAUGUCUGACUAUCUCAUAGAGAAGCGAAUGGUGCAAUUCUAAUACAGUUUGAUUAAUUUUUUUAUUAAUCCUGUAUAUUACCAGGGAUAAUUAAAUAUUAUCUGCACCAUUAAUUGCCAUGUAGUUAUCCAAGAAUUCUGAAGGCUCCAUUUAUCUAAAAUGAAAGAUAGUUGAAUGUGAUACUCAUUUCUAAUGUCAGUGUAUGCUGUGCACUAUAUAAACAUCCAGUCUUUUUAAAAAAGAUAUCUCCAAAUUUAUUAUUGUAAAUAAGGAUAAACAGCAACAUUAAAAAAUACUUUGAUAAAUUGUGCUAAAGACAUAAUUCCUUCAACAACUAGUCAUGAAAUUUGAAAACAAUAUAUGAAUUGUAAAAAUUUGCUUGGAAAUCUAUAUAAUCCCCACAAUCACUUCAAAAGUGAUGCUAUGUUAAUCUAAUUUUGUGUAGAUUCACUUUCCAGCACUGCAAAUGUUUGUAAAUGCACUAGAGGAAUGGAGCUUUAAAGAGUGCUACCAGACAUUUCAUUUUGCAUGCAAUGAAAACUGAUUCUGCUUAGAUUUUAUUCUAGUGCCUCUUUUAUCAAAAAUCUAUAAGGGUUUUCAGUGCAAGGCAGCACUGGUUUUAAAUGCAACAAUCAUAUGAGUGUCAAACCGAACAACAUGUGAAAUUCUUGUCCUGUGCCUCGCUCCCAGGAAUCAGUCUGGUGGGGGGAAAACGAUGCUGACAGAACCCAAAGGUGAAAAUGUGGACACUUUCUAGAACACUUUUGAACUUAUGUAUGUGAAACUGACCUUAGAAUGUGGCAUUGGUCAGGACAGGAAAAUCUUUGACCAAGUUAUUGUAAUAAGCAUCUCAAGCUUCCUGAUAGCUCCUGUGUUCCAUGCAUUGCCAUGAAAAAGUGACAUGUUAAAUAUGAUAAGAAUGUGGAAAGAUGAAUAUCAUGGUAAGGUGUUUCCUUUAAAAAUUAGCUUCUUCUGUAUGGAAUGUUUCAUAUUUUGCAAUCAUGUAAUUAAAGGAUAUUGGGUACAGUUUAGUGAGCUUUCUCCAUUUAUUUUAAUGGGAUCCCAUCAAAAAUGUAUUAGAGUGAAUCGAGAAAGCUGUAUGAGGUGAUUUAAGACCAUGCUUUGCAAAGUCUGUAGUCCCACAGUGAAAGAGUAUGUGGUGAAUGAAUAACCUUGUCAUUGCAAUUCAAUGGUCUUGACUCAAUGCAAAGCAGAAAUAGUUAACCUCUUCAUCUUCCCUGACCAAUUUCAGGAAUGUAUCAGCUCAGCCUAGAAUUAUUAUAAAGUCACUUGUGCCUAUAUUUUUGUGUUUGUCAAUCAUCUUGGCACCACUUGUUACUUCAGUGGCAUAGCCUCAGGUACUGUCAAGUUUAAUUCAUGUCAAAUCUGUUGUUCUGUAUUACUAUUUCCAAAACAUUGUCAAACUUGACAAACUUUGGGAGAAUAGGUUGAACCAAGAAUUCUUCUGCAGAAUUUUGCUAACAGUCCAGGAGACUCCCUUUUUUUGUACUUGAUUGUCCUGUGGACAAAAUAUAUACAGCAGCCAGUUACAGUGUCCUCUUCACCUUAUCACCACCACCCUUGGCUACCUUUUGAGUCUUUGUGUAGAUGUGUAGGAUAGUAGGAUGUCAGGGAUCAUAAAGAAGUGCUUCGGGUUUUUGUUCUUGUUUUUAUGGUUGAUUUGUAGGAUUUGGAGUCAAAAGAGCCAGCCCCGCCAAGCCCAAGCUAAAGACUGAUGACUGAGGACUAUAUUUCCUUCAUGCUGGCUGGAAAUAUUCCUUGAAGCAGAUAGUGCAUAAGGUAGCAUGUCCCUCAGUCCUUUUUUUUCCCUCUCUUUUCUGUGUCUCCAUCCAUCCACUGUCUUCUGAUCAUGGAAGUGGAUUUUAAUCCAAUAAGUUUUUUAUAAAUAUUUUCUGGCUUGACCCCAUCGACUCCCAAAGGCUAUGUACCAGAUUUUUUUUUCCCGGGGGGGGGAGGGCUAACAGAUAGAAACAAAUAGCAUAGCGUGCCCUUGUUUCUUUGCAGGGCAUGUUUUGUCAGGUCAUGCGUGUAUGCGCAUCACCGUUAUCUCUUUCAGACGGGUUCAACAUCACAUUUACUGUUCAUUCUUCCAAUCAUUCUUAUUAAGAAGUGUUCCCAGAAAAAAAAAAUUACGGGAUGUAAAUAGAAAGUCAUAUUUUGAAGCUUCCAUUGAAAUACCAAAUGCCGAAGAGAGAAGCUUACAGGAAGUGUUUUUAAAAACUACGUAGAAGUGCUUAAUUUUUCUUUCCUGUAUAUUCUCUGCUGAAAAGGCAUUUUGUCAACUGCAUAACUUUAUUAAGCAAAAACAGAAUAUGUUUGUGCAAUAGCUGUGUAACUAUUAGAUUUUGAGUUUUGACACAGCCUUUUACUUUUAGCCUCAAGGUGCAAGCUAGAAGAAUUGAUGUCUGCUGAUGCAGUUCAUGUUAGUAGCUCAUCAGUGAUCACAAUUAUUUCUCUGCCCUGUAGCUAUUAUUUCUGUGGACCAUGAAUAAGUGCAGGGAAAGGGAAUUUAGUUAACAAUUGGUGUCUGUUGAUGUGGCAUAUUUUAAAAUGUUUUUUAAAACUAUAACAGGAAAUUAGUUGUUGUUUUUUUAUUAGUUUUCCUCACCAUGCAAAAAUUAAGCACUAUCUGCUCACCCAGAGCAAUGGACUUCAUACACUUGUGGCAUACUGCCACAAUGGUCUUGAGUUUGCUUAUAAUUAUAUGGCACUUUCCUUCAUUAAGUAACAAGAACUGGCCACACAAUGACUGCACAAUGGCCCAUACUUGCCUUGCCAAUACAACCACCCUGUAGUUUCAUUUUCUUUGGAACUGAUGCUGCAUGCAUUCUAACCAGAAUGAUUUUGGGGACUUAUUCCCCCUAAUUACAUAAUGCAAACAACAUGCUUUUAAGACAACUUAUUUCCUGGUUUUAAAAAAAGUGCAUCUUUAUAUUUCUUAUUAAACAACAACAACAAAGCAAAUCUGCAUUACUUUAAUAUUGCACACAUGAGCCCUUGAUCUUGCCUCGUUACACAUUUUAAUCUCCAUUGGUCACAAUGUACUGGGUUCUUCUGGAUAGUAAAGUUGUCUCAAGUGGCUUUUAGGACUGAACUGUUUUACCAAAGCUUUGUAGGAAUGGUCAGUCAAGUGGUACCUUUAAAUGAAUACAUUGCCUGAAUAAUCUUGAUUCCAGGCAUCAGAUGUAAACCCACUGGCAGCCAAGCUAUUGAGACUCUUGGUUGUUGUGGGUUUUUCGGGCUCUUUGGCCGUGUUCUGAAGGUUGUUCUUCCUAAUGUUU